AUUAGCUCAACUAGAAUAAAGACCAUCCACAAUGGAUCAUCCAAAUCUCCCUUUUGGCUUCGCUCUACCCGGUCAUGCACACCUGCCAAUACCGCCAACACCCAACCUAAUGUCCGGCCAUCCCGGACCAACAUCCAGUCCACCACAAAGCGUACCCGGCCGACGAACACCGCUUGGCGCUGUAGGACUUGGCGGCUUUUAUGCACAGGGACUUGGUAUGUCACAGCAAGGAACGAUGCCGACAGAUGAAAAUAAGCCCAGCCCAAGCGCACUUGCCGGGGGCGGUGGUGGAGGUAUGGGACUUGGGCGUAAAUCACCACCGCAAUCAAUAGCGGGCGGCACAACAACUGUGGCAGCUGGUAAUGGCUCAAACGGUGGAGCUGGUGGCGGCAAGCAGAAAAAUCGACAAGCGAAGACGGUGCGCCUGAAUAUUAAUGCGAGGGAGCGUCGACGCAUGCACGAUUUGAACGAUGCAUUGGACGAGCUACGCAGCGUAAUUCCCUAUGCGCACUCACCUUCCGUGCGGAAGCUCUCAAAGAUCGCCACAUUAUUGUUAGCUAAAAAUUAUAUACUAAUGCAACAGAAUGCCUUGGAUGAGUUGAGACGACUCUUAGCUUACAUUCAGAGCACAAGUGGCGCAGCGCCAUUAGAUCUGGGCUCAUUUCCGGCCGCAGCGAAGCUGCAGGCGCUCUUACAGGGACCACACAACGAGCCACCGAGCAGCAGCUAAACCAACUUUUUAAACGAAGCAAUUAAUCAAGAAGAGAGUGCAAGAGAUAACACAGCUUAGAGCAGCGAUCAGAGCGAGAGAGAGAGAGAGAGAGUGCCAAAAAUUUAUUCGAAGCCACUUGUGCGUAAAACGAGAUUAGAAUUGAUUAGAAAUGACUAACUACAAAUUUUUAUUUUAUUCGCGUUCAACGAGAAUCAAUUCUAAAUAAAAAUAGUUUUUUUUAUAAAAUAUAAACCGGUAGCAAUCUAUUGUGCUAGUCAUUACAUCUAUGCCAAAAAACAAAAUUGUUAAGUGAUAUUUUUCAAGUUUUAAGCAUUUUAAUUUUUUACAUAUUUUUUUAAUAAUUAUUAAAAUUAAAAAAAAAAAAUGGUAAUUGAAUAUUCAAAAGCACUGUAUUUACGUUGUAUUAAAAGCGGUAAAUAUAUUGCAAUAAUUAUUUAUAAGUAGUAUAUGCGAGAAAAGCAAUAAAUCA